AUGGUGAAUUUACGUAUCCCUAUCGUUGCAUUUAACGUCUCUCCACCAACCAGCAGCGCCUCCGUCGUCCUCGCCCCUCUAAUGGAGCGGCCGGAGUGGAGCCUCUCCGACUUCGAGAUCGGCAAGUUCAUCGGCGAGGGCAAGUUCGGCAAGGUCUAUCUCGGCCGCGAGAAGCAGAGCGGCUACGUGGUGGCGCUCAAGGUGACAUACAAAGCGAAGCUGCAGAAGUACCGGUUCCACGCGCACCUGCGGCGGGAGAUCGAGAUCCAGCAUGGCCUUGACCACCCCAACGUGCUCCGACUCUUCGCCUGGUUCCACGACGCCGAGCGAGUCGUCCUCGUCCUCGAGUAUGCCGCCCGCGGAGAGCUCUACAAGCUCCUCCGCAGCGUCGGCCACUUCUCGGAGCGGACCGCCGCCACCUAUGUAGCAAGCCUUGCUGGUGCACUGGCGUACUGUCACAAGAAGCAGGUAAUUCACAGGGACAUCAAGCCGGAAAAUUUGCUCCUUGAUAUUGAGGGCCGACUUAAAAUUGCAGACUUUGGAUGGGCGGUUCGAUCAAAUGCUAAACGUCACACACUCUGUGGCACAAUAGAUUACCUGGCACCAGAGAUGGUAGAGAAAAAGGCUCACGAUUACGCUGUUGACAACUGGACUUUAGGAAUCCUGUGCUACGAGUUUUUGUAUGGCUCGCCACCCUUUGAAGCUGCAGAACAGCAAGAUACCCUGAUGAGGAUAGUCAAAGUGGACUUGCUGUUCCCUAAAACUCAUGACAUAUCUGCAGAUGCCAAGGAUCUCAUUUGCAAGGUNUUAGUGAAGGAUUCAAGCAAAAGGAUUUCUCUUGACGAUAUUUUGAAGCAUCCAUGGAUUGUAAAGAAUGCAGAACCUUCAGGGAGUUGCAUUGAGCAAAAGAACUAGUGCCUAAGCUCCUUGGGAAGUUCACAUUUCUUGAUAACGUCUGGGAGCAAUGUUCCUGUGCAGGAUAUGUCAUUUGAUGUUACUGUGUGGUCUUUUGCGGCCUCCUCUUAUUUGUUGUUUGAAUUCAAAACUUAAAUACAAUUACAAAGGAGAUUGGGAGAGAGUUGAAUCUUGUCCCAACUCCCAACCUUGCUGAUAUGGCUAGUCAUGUUCUGCCCAGUUGUAAAACUCCCUAGUCAUUUUCUUUGUAACACUAUUAGUAAUAUACAAGAGGCAAGGCGUA